AUGUACGUUAUGAGGGAUUUGGUCGUGGACAUGACGCACUUUUUCAAAGGAUACAAUAGCAUUCGUCCAUAUCUUGUGCGGAAAAAUCAUGGGCCGAUGGGCCAAUAUCAGCACGCGCAAAGCGUUAAGGACAGCCUGAAAAUGGUCGGGCCAGCCUCGUUGUUACACGCUUAUCGUUGGGUCAUCGACUCGAGGGACGACGACACGCAACGCAGGUUGGAAGAGUUGCGCGACGACUUCAAAGCGUUCCGAUGUCACACGAUAAUGAACUGCUCUUUGGAUUGCCCUAAAAACUUGCAUCCAGCCGAGGCGAUAGCGAAACUGAAGCUACUGAUUUCUGGCAUGGCCAAAAAACCAACUCCAGAAUUGGACCCCAUGAAGUUGGCAUCUACGUCUGACUGGACUGCGAAAUGUAAACCGAAA